AUGCGUAAGGAGUCGCUAAAAAGUAAAGGCUGUUUGGUGAAACCAAAAAUAGAUUCCGGUAGAGCUGACAGAGAUGCAUUGACUCACUUUGUUGAACAAGGCAUUGGAAUGAUAAGGAGGACCAGUAACGCUCGCGCAAUUCUUAAGACGAAGGUCAGUAAGGGUUACAAUUUUGUAGUGUCUGGCACAACUUUAGUGCAACGACAUUUUGGUUUAUUUACAAUGCCAUCGCGAGGCUACGCUUCAUAUACUGGAGGUCCAGUUGGAUAUGGUGAUCCUGACAGCACUUAUAUUUCUGAUAUGGAACGUAGCAAUAUAAUUUCAAAAUUUGCUCAAGAAAAGCUUAUCAGUGAAUUGUGCCUAGAAGAAUGGAAAGAAUGGAGAAAGUGUCUAAGACAGAAUAGAGACAAAUGGUUUCGUCAUUGGAAAUGCAAACCCAUUUACCGACUAUUCGAUGACUGUCAAGACAGAUACAUUUCAGACCCGGAACAAAUGAAGAGAUUUGAGGAGGAAUAUUUGAAAAUACGCUCAGAAUACCGGAAAACUGGUAUAGGUCGCUGUUUCAUGACAAAAGAACGAAUAAGAGAACUGUGCGAAUUGUAG